UUGGAUUGCGCAUUGCUUUCUGGUAUUGAAAAUUAUAUCACGUAACAAUGGAUGAAGGUAUGCUACGUAAAAUUGCUUGGCAGCGAAGUGGAGCCUAUAAAAGGCGAUGCAUCGCCCAGGACGCUCACACUUGUUCAGAGUUCACUCUAGAGUUCAGACAUAUUUCAGAAGAAGGAAAACAAAAUACAAGGCUCACUCAAGAUCUGAAGAAUGGCAUCAUUUUUCAAGUUCGUUAAUCCACUGAAAGCUGUCGCCGCCACAGCCACCGCAGCGGUUGCCGCCGUUCUGGGAUACUCCGCAACAACUGAGACUGCCGAAAGCAAAUGGCAAACGAUCAAAAAGGCAUACACCAGGUAUCCAGCCAAGUUGGACUUCCCUGACUUGAGCAAGCACAACAACUGCAUGGCGACAUACCUCACCGCCGACCUCUAUGCAAAGCUCCGAGAAAAGGUUACCCCGUCUGGGUUCACACUCGACCAAGCAAUCCAGACUGGCGUUGAUAACCCAGGUCAUCCAUUCAUCCAGACCGUUGGUAUUGUAGCUGGCGAUGAAGAAAGCUAUGAGGUCUUUGCUGACUUGAUGGACCCAAUCAUCCAGGAACGCCAUAAUGGCUACAAAAAGACGGAUAUGCACAAGACCGACUUGGACUCGUCGAAGAUCGAUGGUGGUAAACUUGACGAGAAAUAUGUGAUGUCGGUAAGAUGUCGCACCGGCCGAAGCAUUAGGGGGUAUUCACUGCCACCACACUGCACAAGAGCCGAAAGACGAGAGGUAGAGCGCAUCGUAACAAACGCUCUUGACAACCUGAAGGGGGAAUUGAAGGGUAAUUAUUACCCCCUGAAUGGUAUGUCCGAGGAGGACCAGAAUCGUCUUAUUGAAGACCAUUUCUUGUUCGACAAGCCGGUAUCACCUUUGCUCACGUGCGCUGGCAUGGCACGUGACUGGCCCGAUGCCCGUGGUAUCUGGCAUAACAACAAGAAGAAUUUCUUGGUAUGGGUAAACGAGGAGGACCACACCCGUGUCAUCUCUAUGCAGAAGGGGGGUAACAUGAAGGAAGUCUUUGACCGAUUUUGCAAUGGCCUUAAGUCUGUUGAAGACCAAAUUGAGAAUGUUGGCGAGGGUUUCAUGUGGAACAAACACCUUGGGUACAUCCUCACCUGCCCCUCUAACUUGGGCACUGGAUUGAGAGCUGGCGUCCACAUCAACUUGCCAAACCUUGCUAAGCACAAGAAGUUUGAUGGACUUCUUAAGCAUUUGCGUCUCCAGAAAAGAGGGACAGGGGGUGUCGAUACCGCAGCCGUUGGUGGGGUGUUUGACAUCUCUAACCUUGAUCGACUUGGUUUCUCAGAGGUUCAGCUUGUCCAGAAAGUUAUUGAUGGAGUAAACAAGCUCAUCGAGGUUGAGAAACGUUUGGAGAAGGGGAAGGAGAUCAAAGACCUCCUUCCAAGAAACCUCCAAUAGGGAGGUACUACGGGCUCAGCUUCUUUAAUAAAAUUAUUCAAAAAAAACAAAAAAAAAUUAAAAAUUUAUAAAAUCCAAAAAAAAUUCAAAAAUUAAAAAAAAAACAAAAAAUUUCAAAAUAUAAAAAACCCAAAAAAAAUUCAAAAUAAAAAACCCAAAAAAAUUUAAAAAAGAAAACCCAAAAAUACUAGAAGGAUGCAAAUUUGGAACAUGUCAGUUAUUUAUUUUCCUUUUGACUUAUUUAUUGUUUAACUCUAAAAAUACUAAGAGCAGUAGGCAAGUCACCAAAAGAUCAGGUUUAGAAAAGCAUGAAGGAAAGUGCCAGGCACUGAGACAGAGGCUGUUAAGAUGGGGGCAACUGAAGUCACACUGUCUGCACUUUGAAGGGGGAGCUUCUGUAGUAGUUGACCCCCUUGUUAUGUCUGGCCUCUUUGGUUGAGUAUGAUGGGGGCUCCCACUGAGGCUGGCCAAAGCAAGGGGGUUGGGUGCUACAGGAGUUAUUUGAAAGGGCUUAAGAAUGCCAAUAAUAGAGUAGGAAGGCUAAUAAGGUGGACAAUUUCAGAGUCUUUAUUAUUUUAUGAUUAAUUUCUACCCAACAUUGCUGGCAUGUGACAGGUAUGUGUUACUUCUAGAACCUUAAUCAAUUUUUUCCAAUUUAUAUGUGUUCUGUGUUGUGUCAAAAUUCAAGGAAUCUUAGAAGCUGAGCCCUUAAAAAAUCCUGGCUGAUGUAAAUAUGUAAACAUGUGAAUAGUACCAACUGUGUGAAUAUGUAUGCUAAAAAAAUGUGUAUAAUAUGUGUCUGUAAAAAAAUGUCAACUCAAAAUGCAAAAUGUCUCUUUAUCAUGCACUAUCCUAUCACUGUCUUAGAAACAAUUUUUAACAGCCUUAUUAACAGAUUAUAUGGAGACUUGUGGCUUUAAGAACAGACAGAUCAAACACCCUGAAGAUAUGUGACCAUAUUUCUCUAUAGAAAGAAAGAGCCCAUAUUUCUCUCUAAUUCUCCAAAAGACACACAGUAUUGGCCCUGAGUAAAGUAAAACAUCAUGAGACCUUUUCCCCUAUGACAAAGUGAUAAAACCCCCUACCAAUAUCCAAUUCUCUAAAAAGCCAGCCACUGCUGGUCAUUUGUAAAAGAAAGAGCCCAUCUUUCUCUCUUAUUCUCCAAAAGACCCACAGUAUUGGCCCUUAGUAAAGUAAAACAUCAUGAGACCUUUUCCUUUAUGACAAAGCAAUAUAACCCCCUACCAAUAUCCAAUUCUCUAAAAAGCCAUCCACUGCUGGUCAUUUGUAAAAGAAAGAGCCCAUCUUUCUCUCUAA